ACUUCCGGCGCGUCCGCCGGUGGGACGGGGCGAUGCGGGGGGCGGGCGGGACGCGGGACCCGGCCGGGCCGGGGCUGGGGGCCUUCAGGUUCGGGGCCGCCCCCGCCGCCUGUCCCUGGGGCUGCGUGCUCGGCCCCGGCGGCUGGAGCGGCGCGCCCUUCUGCCCCCGGCACUGCCCGCCCGAGGCCGAGAGCAGCUGGCGGCAGGCGAACCGCAGCGCCAUGGGGGAAGCGUCCGUGGCCCGGGACGGCUUCGACCGCGGCCCGGGCUUCUGGUACUGCCCCAGCCGGCUGGAGGAGUUCAGCGAGGAUGAGGAGGACGAGGAGGAGGAGUGGACCGGCUUCAGCCAGAACUGGGACGUUUCCAGCGAGGACAGCGACCCCCCCUACAACUUCUGCGGGUUCAAGAAGUCCUUCCUGUGCGAGGAGCCGCUGCCCGCCCGCCCACCCCUGAGCGCUCUGGAGGUGAAGCUGCGCCGGCUGCCUGCGCCCUGGAGGCACCAGCUUACGGCCGAGGAAGCGGAGAAGAACGCACGGGAGCUGGUGGCCGAGGAGGAGCGGAUAAAGAGGAAGGCGGAGAAGAAGAAGCUGAAGAAGAAGAAGCAGAAAGACCGGAAGAAACGAGAAAAAUUGAGACAAGAGCAGAAAAGUAAACAGGAGAUCGAGUCUAGCACCUCGUCCCUGAGCGGUGCUGCGGACGCAGGGCACCCCCAAAACAGCAAUGCUGAGGCAGGGGAGAGCUGGUCGGGCCCCAGCCCCUCUCCAUGCCUCGGGGACAGCGCAGCCUCCGAGGGAGAGGAGGGAGGAGGCCAGGAGGCUAAGGCAGAGGAGAUGGAGGAGGAGCUGGACUUGAGCUGCACCUUCGUCUUCAAAGCCCGGCAGAAAGCGGGCGUGAGGCUGCCGGCACCCGGGAAGGAGAAGCCGGCCAAGAUGGAUGAUGCGGAGCCAGGCAAGAAGGUGCCCGGGAAGGCACCUGAGCCCUGGCUGCCCUCCCUGCCCACUCCACAGGUGCCCGAGCCCUCACUGCCCUCUCUGCCCACCCCACGCGUGCCUGAGCCCUCACUGCCCUGCCUGCCCGAGCCCAAGCCUGUGCCCCUGGACGCAAGCAUGGUGGAGCAGAGCCUGGUUCUCGCAGACCGCGGCAACAAGGCUGCCCAGAAGGGCCACUACGCCGAGGCGGUGCAGGCCUUCACCGAGGCUGUGAAGCUGAACCCCAGGGAGCACCGGCUCUUUGGGAACCGCUCCUACUGCUAUGAGAAGCUUCGGCGCUACGAGGAGGCGCUCAGGGACGCGCAGGUGUCGCUGCGGCUCCAGCCCGGGUGGCCCAAAGGCUUCUUUCGCAAGGGCAAGGCGCUGCGGGGGCUGGAGCGCUACGCCGAGGCUGCCAGCACGUUUGAGGAGCUGCUGCACCUGGACGGCGCUGACGCCGAGGCAGCCGCCCAGCUGGAGGCUUGCCGGGCCCUGCUGCAGCAGAGCAGACCCCGUGGCUGGGGCAGCCCGGGGGGGGUCCCCAUCUCCCCGACCCUGCUGGAGGCCGAGGAGCCGCUGCUGCCUCCCCCCGCAGGGGAGCAGGUGGGCAGGAGCUGCCCAGACACGGACAUGAGCGGCUUCGUGACCGUCGUGAGCUCCAGGAGCCAGGCGAGAAGCCAGGGCCGGGCUGUGGCCAGCAGCCAGCAGACACUGCCUCCAACCCAUCCCGCCAGGGACUGCUACCCUCUCUGGGUGGGGAACGUCACCCCCAAGAUCAGCAAGAAGGUUCUGCACAGCUCCUUCAGCCGCUUUGGGGAGAUCCGCUUCAUCCGGAUGCUGCCGGAGAGACGCUGCGCCUUCAUCAACUACACGCAGAAGGCGGCGGCAGAAGCUGCCUACGCAGCCAUGCAGGAUGCCGAGGUGGAGGGAAGCCGGCUGGUGCUGCAGCUCAAGCACCCCUCCCACGCCACCCCCUCCCACCAGUGGCACCCAGAGCCCCACAGCAAGGUGGGUGCCCUCCCCAGGGGGCUCCUGUAGCUGGGGGGGCUCCUCGGCUUACGGCAGCAAAGCCGGACCCUGCGCAGUGUGACAUUGCCCUCCCGCACCUCUGGGAUGCUGCGGAAGAGCCGGACCCUCGGCGCUGCCGCGUCCCUGCCCGCUGCCCUGAUGGAUGGCUGCGAUGGCAGGGUGCGGCUUCCUGCCCGCACUGGCUUCCUGCCCGCAGCAGGUCCCUGCCCGUGCGCCGCUGGGUGGGUGCUCUGUGCCCGGCAGCCGGCACGGUGCCUGCCGCGGGUGGAGCCCUGCGGGAGCGGAGCCACGGUGGCAUCUGUCGCCGCGCACGUUUGCCCCCCAGCCAGAGGAGCCAGCAUGGCCAUGUGAGGGCCCUGCCUGCUCCUCCUGCCUGCUCCCCCUGCCUGCACCGCCUGGGACCUGAGCUGGGCUGUUGGAGCAGGGGGCACCUGCUGGGGGGGGUCUUCUGCUGGGCAGGGGGUUGGGGGGGGGCUGCCAGCGGGACCCCUGCUCCCCUCUGGCUCCUGGGGGGGGGGGAGGGCUGAACUGGGGUCUGCCUUCCCCCUGCCUGUGCCUGCCUUCCCCCUGCCUGUGCCUUUUCCCUCUGCAGGCAGCAGAAUCUGUCCCCCUCCUGCUGCCUCUGGGGGAGGUGUCCGUCCCCCCCUCCUGGUGUCUCCAGUGGCUGUGCCUUGCUGGGGUGUGCAGCCCCCGGCAGGGAGGGGGCUGUGCUGCUGCCCCCCGCCCUGGGCACAGGGCUCCCCUGUCCCGGCGACGUGUGGGUCCGGGUCUGCGUCCCGGGGGGCUGGUGGCUGCCGUGGGCCGGUGCCACCCUGGGGCUCCUCGUGCCGGGGGAGCCGGGCCAGGGCUGUGCCUGGGGAUGGCCGUUCCCCUCAGCUCCCUCGGGGGCUUCUACCUGGUUUGGGUUUUCUUAAUAAAACUGAGAGCCAGCGGUGGCUGGCUGUCCGUC